UACUGGUGGUAUCGCAUUGCAUGUCCAUGUGAACAGCUAAAAUCAAAAAGCGUGGACGAGUUCAGAUAGAAGUCUACGCGGGAUGUUGAAGGAGAGUUGACCGGCGCGGAGAGACAGACCAUGAACCGGUUAUGGCCUCUGGCCGCCCUUAUGGUCGUGGUCACAUCAGGCGUGUUCAGUGCACCACCGAAAGGAGCCGACGGAAAAUUACAUAAGACGUCGACUAUCGGCGACAAUGUGAUCCUCGAGUGUCCGUUCGAGUAUCCAAACGAUACUCCGGUACCGUAUUUGGUGCAAUGGCACAAGGACGACCACAGGAUACCAAUAUACAUUUGGUACGAAAGCUAUCCACCUCAUGCGUCGGACGAGUACAAGGACAGAGUUUCCCUGUCCGACAAAACUUCAUUGAACCUCACCAGUGUACGGGUCAGCGAUAAAGGCUGGUAUGAGUGCACAGUUUUUUUCAUCAAUCGCGAAGAAGCCAAGAACGGCUCGUGGAUCUACCUCGAUGUUCUGGCCCCGCCUCAUUUCAAAACAAAGCCACCGGAGACGGUGUUCGUCCGCGAGGGCGAAACGAUCGUCCUACAGUGCAAAGCUCAAGGUACUCCCACGCCAACGGUGACGUGGCAGAAGGAACACGUUCCCAUCGAGGCCACGAGAGAGGAUGGAAACGUACAAAUCACAGAGCAUCAAUUGAGAAUCUCGAACAUAAAGGAGAGCGAUACAGGAAGCUAUCAGUGCGUUGCGCGCAACUCUCAGGGCGCCAUGGAAGUCCGGUCCCGAGUGAUGAUCGCCGGCCCGGCAAGAAUCAACACGAAGCCAUCAAACAUCACUGUCACAGAGAACAAUGUUGCCGAGCUCAAGUGCGAAGCGCAAGCGCAGCCGGCGAACUUCACCCACAAAUGGCUUUACAACAACGUCGAGAUCUCCGGACUCACCUGGCUAAAAACGAGGACCAUGGAGCGGCAGGAUGGAGCCCUUUUCAUCACUCAAACCCAUGCCGACGACUCCGGCUUGUACACGUGCGUGGUUUCCAAUGGGAUCGGUGAACCUGAAAGCGCUUCAGCCUACGUAAACAUCGAGUUCCCGGCGAAAGUGAACUUCACGCCGAACUUCCAAUAUAUGCCGUUACACCUGCCCGGCAUGGUCAAGUGUUUCAUAGUGUCGAAUCCGCCUCUACAGUUCGUAACCUGGUUCAAAGAUAAGAAACCAUUCGAGCCGAGCAAUAUGAACGGGGUCAGAGUAUUGGCCAAUGGAACACUUCAUUUCGACAACGUCUCGAAAGAGCAUGAGGGAUCGUAUAUGUGCUCUCCAUUCAACAUACAUGGGACGGGGGGCGCAUCGAAGCUCAUGGAAGUCCUGGUUCGAGAGCCUCCUGUGUUCUCAGUGAAGCCAAAAGAGAUAUACCAACAGCCGAAAAAUGGAGAUAUCACAUUCGUGUGCGAAGGCAAAGGUCAACCCAUGCCCACGAUCAACUGGCGGAGAGCGGACGGGAAACCUUUGCCCAAGCAGCGCUUCUCGAUCAGUCAAGAAAUCGUGAAAACUGUGUCUUCGGGGAACCUGACCCUUAAGAGUAUUCAAAAGGAAGAUCACGGCCAUUACGAAUGUAUACUUCAAAACGAGGUUGCAACCCUAGUCACGUCGAGUCUCCUCCUCGUCGAAAGUACCACUCCCCACGCUCCGACCAACGUCUCAGUGAUUACCGAUAGCUCCUCAGCGACUGUGAGUUGGUUGCCCGGCUUCGACGGAGGACACGAGCAGAGCUACGUCUUGUGGUACAGACUCGAGGUCAAAGCCGAAGACAAGGAACUAGAAUGGCGCACAAUCCGGGUGCAUCCAACCAACGUCACCAGCAUAACGAUCCACAAUCUCCAACCCGAGACCACAUACGAAUUCCAAGUUCAAUCUCGUAAUGAGGUCGGCGACGGUUUCUUCAGCGAACGAGUCCUCGCCAAUACUGCCAAACCAGGGGAAAAUCACGGAGCAACGGAAGACUUUGUAGCCACUCAUGCUCCCACCGCUACACAAACCGAUAACAGAGAAACUUCCGCUGCAGUCCCCGAAGAGGUUUCUGAGCCCACCUGGCACGUAGCUUUCAGCUCGGAGCCCCCCUCUCCCACCCCAGACGUGCCAUUACACGUGAACAUUCUUCCGCCGACGGAGGUCGGCAAAGAGCUCUUGGUCAGCUGGAAGGUUCCUCCUCCUUCGAACCACUCUGCUCCGCUGACUCAUUUCAACGUAGAAUACAAACAGGAUAUCAGCCACGCGUGGACCAAAUCGGCGCACAACGUACACGCCGACCCUAAUCAGAGUCUCAUGCAAUAUCACAUGAAUGAGUAUCCUCGGGAGGCGAAAGUACUUCUGGUCCGAGUGGUUGCUUACUCCAGUCUCGGGACCACAAACGCCUCACCGCUCUUAAACGUCACAGUCCGAAAUGAUACAGGUCAUCUGUCGCAGAAAUAUCGGAGAGACCGGGCCAUAAUUUCGGGAGUGAUGGGCGGAAUCCUGUUCUUCUUCGUCGCAAUCAUUUUGUCGGUGUGCGCGGUGAAAAUCUGCAACAAGAGACGCCGUCGUAAGGCCGAAAAGACCUAUAUGAUGGUGACGUGCGGUUCGCUCUCUUCGCAACAGCAAUCCCAACAGCAGCAACAGCAGCAGAAUUCUUACCAGUCACACCAGCAGCAGAACUCCGUACAACAAUCAUCGAGAGGAGGCAUGAACAGUCUCGAAUGCACUCACGGCUCGCACGGGACGAUUACGAUAAAGAGGUAG